AUGACUGAGCGCUAUAAUGACGGCCAUCGCGCCUUUCUUCAAGCCUUCAUGGCCCGAUCAACCAUGACCGUCGAGGAAGCCACGGCCGUCCUGGCCGCCAUCUUUUCGGUCAACGAAAGAGAACCUGUCUCCCCUGAAGACGUCUCAGAAGAUGAUUUCUCCUCGUACAUUGCGGCAGCGAACAGCGCGAUCUCGCCAUUCGAUCUCGAAAUCCGAAGCACGUUAACCCAAUCAACGAUAGAUCCCGACGCGACUACGAAUCCACGACCGGAGCGGAUCUACGCGCUCGUCAACACAACCAGCGACGCCCUGACCCAGCUCGCGACGACCUACACAGCCGAUGAAAUCGCCUUCGUGAAGCGCGUCCUGGACGCCAUGUUCGACACGCACAACACGCGACGAUCCGAGGCGAUGGUCGUCAGUGGAAUACAGGCCAUUCAGCUGGCGAAGGCAUCGGCGGGGGAUUCGAAUCGUCGAGAAUCGAACAUGGACUCGCAGGCUCAGACCCAGACGCAGGGCGGGGCAGCGCAGUCGUUGAGCAUGUCGCAGGCUGAAACGGUGCUUCGGCAGCUCGUCAAUGAUGGAUGGUUUGAGAAGAGUCGCAAGGGAUACUAUAGUUUGAGUCCGCGCGGAUUGAUGGAGCUACGAGGCUGGUUGGUGGCGACGUAUAACGACGAGAACGAGGACGGGGGAAGGAUAGAGAAGAUUAAGUUUUGCGCGGCUUGCAGGGAUAUCAUCACGGUGGGACAACGCUGCGCGAACCGCGACUGCAAAGGCCGACUGCAUGAUCAUUGUGUUCGAAAUUUCUUCCGCGUGCAGCAGGCGGAACAAUGUCCUGUCUGCAAGGCGCCGUGGCCUGGGGACAAGUUCGUUGGAGAGAGGGCGAUCACCUCGACAGAACAGUCCACGCAGAACCGGAGACGAACCACUGAUACGCAGCGACAAAGCGAAGUCGGAUCAAGCUCUCAGCUACCAAGCACGAAUGUCAAUGAGGAAGAGGAUGAAGACAGUGAUUGA